AUGUACAUCAUAUAUUCCAUAUUCCUAUUUUUCCUUGUUUGUGACUCAGUAUCUUUCACACUCGCUCAAGCUGUAUCGCAAAUCAGCUCAUCCUUAUCACCAAAUUCUACUGCAUCCGUGCUUGAUCCUACAGAAAGUACCACUGCAUUAUCAUUUGCGGAGAUUACAACUCAAACUGGCGUUGCAUCUUCUCCUUUUAUUUUUGCUAUCCCCACAGAGCUAUCGGAACCCAUCAAUAUAACGGGAACGCCUGAUCCAGGAUUAAGUUCCUCGGAUGUGUCUCAGGCUCUGCCCUCUGAGUCAAAUCCCCGCGCUACCAGUACCACGAUCGAAUGGAUUACCGCUUCAUUACCACCUAGCACUACCACUACCACCAUUACAUUCCCUUUAGGCGGAUCUGAGACUACUACAUCUGGAUCUGGGACCUCGGCUUCUACUUCUACUCCAUCGUCCACCAACACGGUUACUUCUGAAGUCUUUCUGAGUCCUUCACAAUCCACUUCUUUGGUCUCUCCAUCGAUCUUGAUCAGUACUAGCACUUCUGUGCUCCCAGUUGCUCCAUCUACAUCUAACUCUACAGUACUAACUCCUUCUGAAACUGGAAUAUCUGUUAUACCGACGGAAUCGCCAUUGUCUUCUGCUGAACUAAGUGGUAUUACACCUUCCGCCUCUUCCAGUAUUGUAUCUAGUGGCAUUGAGUCUUUAGCAACCUCCACUACUAUCUUCACAACAGAACCUAGCAUCACAACUCUACUCAUAUCUGAAAGUUUUACGGAAGAUUCUAGUACAACGCCUUUACUCGAAUUAUCAACCUUCUCCACAAUUGUAGCAACUCUGUCUACAGUUCCAAUCAACCCCUCAAUUUCAUAUUCAUCUGAGGUUCCGUCAGUCCCUCCACCUGAUCCAAGCAGCUUUGAGCCAAUUACAACCGUUCCUUCACCUUCCUCUUCAGGGAAUAGUGGAAGUAGUUCAUCGCCAAGCGCUUCAGGAUCGAUCGGUUCAUCCCCAAGUGCCUCGGAGUCACGAAUUAGUUCAUCUCUAUCAGACUCUGUAGCGACUAUUACACCGCAGAGCUCUACAAUAGAGUCUAUCACGACAAUUUCAUAUCAAUCUGAGACCCUGACAGCAGCUACCGAUACUGUGCCCUCCGCAAAACCGAGUGAUGUGCCUAGCAUCAUCGAAACUGCAACAUCAUCCACUGUCAUCUCACUUGGCACAAGCCUCAGUGUCAUUGAAUCCACCAGCAGUGUAGAAUUUUCAGUCACAUUCAGUACGAUUGAUAGUUCAGAGACUCUGUCUGAAUUUGACAUUUUUACAACGAGCUCUAGUACAGUUCAGGUUAACACAGAACCAAAUCCUGGAGUGAGCCACAGCCACAGCCGCAGCCACUGCCUUUGCUCAUCAAUGAUUAAGACAGCUAGUUCAACGGUUAAGAUUUCUACCACUACAGCGUCUUCUUUGACUGAUUUAGUACCGUCAUUAUCACCACUCGAUAAGACCUUCAACAGUGAUAUUCAAUCGUUUGUCAGUACAUCCAGUGUAUGGAAUACCGGGUUCUUUGUCGAAUCGGUCCCUACUGUGACUACACUGGUCGUUUCUACAUCUCCCAAAUCUACGAGCCCGGCUCCAGCAUCUCCGCCUAGUGUCAAAUCGAGUGCCCAGUCUUUCUCCGUAUCUUCUAUUCCAGUUACUGUCAGCUUUCUUCCAGGAGAUAUGGCAGAAUCAAAAACAACAACAUAUCUGAGUUCGAUUUAUACACUUAUUCAGAUUUAUACCAGAACUCCUACAUUCAGUGUGGUAGAGUCAAGUAGCAGUCCAGUUCUUCCGAAUUAG